AUGGCCGGAGCCUACGCUAAGAAGGCAGCCACGCCAUCCAAGACUACCUCUAGACCCAGGCCAUCCUCGAAUAAGCGCAAUUCGAGCAUCUUGAGCUUCUUCCAGAAGACCGACACGCCGCCAGGCGCCACCUCUCGCCAGGCACGAAUUACGCAAUUUACAACAGCGUCUGCACGUUCACCCAGCAGCGGUCGGAGUACUCCGGCAUCCAGGCGAGGAAAUGGGAUAAGGGACGAUAAUCCAGAUGGGCUGUUUUUGGAGGAUAAGAGAGGUCUGGCCAAGAUUGAAAGAGCAGCUGGAAUUAACGAAAGAGAGCGGUCCCCAACACCUGACUUUUGGGGUGACGAUGAAGAAUUACCAAAAUCCGACGAGCAACGAUAUAACGAGAAGGAUUCGGCGGUCAAGCGUCGCAAGUUUGACUCACCGAGUGGCUCGGUGGACGAAGGGCCGCAACCCGAGUCCUAUACGAAGACUAGAGAACAACCCGCUCCUGCAAAGAUCCAAAACCGGAGCGGACCCUUCAUCGAUGAGUCUGAUAGCGAGGAUGACAUGGAAGCAUAUCGGGAAAUUGAAGACACCACGCCUGCCACUACGAUCAUGGUGAACAACAAUGCAUUGCCAAUGGAGAACACCGCGGCCCCAGAACCCCCUUCCGAGCCCGCACCCCCGUCAUUGGUAAGAGCCGCCACGAGUAACGCCGAUUAUGAUGAAUACCCAAAUUUUGACGAUCUAGAUGAGGAAGAUGAGCUUAUAGGGGAUGAUUUUCGAAAUCGACCAUGGGAAAGAGAGAAUCAAGAGCAGGAAGUUGAGCUUGAGGUAGAAUCUGGAGACGAUGUGAACGAUUGUUCUGGUACAGAAGAUGUUGGGGGUAUAGUCAGUACAUGCCCCAUCUGCCAGAUAGCACUUAAGGGCUUCAAUGAAACAGAAAUUGCAGUGCAUGUCAAUGACUGUCUGGAUGGUAAAGGCAUCCCUGCCAUCCCCGCGCCCGCUGCAGAGCCUAUUGCGGAGGUGGUUCCCAAGCCCCCCGACAUUGACAGAGGAUUGACACGGGCAGAGCGAGCUGCCAUCGCUCGGCCUGCGCAACGUGAUCCCUACGCCGAGAACAAUCAAAGCUCACGUUCAGCCUUCUCCAAGAUGAUGGCUGGGAACGCCGAAGACACCGCCUGGGCUGCUGCGGCCGCAAGUGAGGUGUCUUCUCGUGGCAAGCAAGCCUAUCAACGGACGUGUCCAUUCUACAAAAUUCUCCCUGGACUUUCCAUAUGCGUGGAUGCCUUCCGGUAUGGCGCUGUCGAAGGGUGUAACGCAUACUUCCUCAGCCAUUUCCACAGCGAUCAUUAUAUAGGUCUCAGUAAGUCUUGGUGCCAUGGGCCCAUUUACUGCAGCCGACCCACUGCAAAUCUUGUGCGGCAGCAGCUGCGCGUUGAUCCUAAGUGGGUUGUUGACCUAGAGUUCGAAUCUACCACCGAGGUACCGGGAACGGGAGGAGUGCAGGUCACUAUGCUUCAUGCAAAUCAUUGUCCGGGUAGCUCUCUGUUUUUGUUUGAGAAAGGCUCCAGCAACGGACCUAAUACUCAAAACCAGCGGAUCUUGCACUGCGGUGACUUCCGUGCAUCUCCUGCCCAGGUACAGCAUCCACUUCUACGCCCUAAUGUUGUCAACCCAGCCACGGGCAAGGAGAGGCAGCAGCAUAUCGACAAAUGCUACCUCGACACCACAUAUUUGAAUCCAAAAUAUGGCUUCCCCGCUCAGGAGGAUGUCAUUACGGCGUGCUCGGAGCUAUGUGUCCGUUUAAAUCAGGAAGCCAGUGGUGUUGGACUUGACAAUGGAGAGAACGACACCGGUAAUCUAAUGAACAAAUUUCUCUCGACGACCACUGGUAAACAAAAGCCAGUGGACACGGGUUCGCAAGCUGCCGGUCGACUGCUCGUCGUCAUUGGUACUUACAGCAUUGGGAAAGAACGGAUCUGUAUGGGGAUCGCGCGAGCACUUGGAUCCAAGAUCUUCGCGACCCCACCCAAGCAGCGAAUCUGCGCCUGCUUGGAAGACCCAGAGCUCUCCGCAAUGUUGACCACCAAUCCCCAUGAAGCGCAAGUGCAUAUGCAAACUCUCUUCGAAAUCCGGGCCGAUACUCUAGCAGACUACCUCGAUGGACUCAAACCGCACUUCUCGCGAGUCGUGGGUUUCCGCCCGACUGGUUGGACCUAUCGCCCACCAGCCGGGCGGAUGCUCCAAAAUCCGCCCGUGUCUACCGUCCUACACGGUGAACACUGGAAAUCCACAUUCACCAGUCGUGACCUUACCCCGCAGCGCGGCAGCACGCGUGAAAGCGCAUGCUUCGGCGUCCCGUAUAGCGAGCACAGUUCAUUUCGCGAGUUGACUAUGUUCUGCUGCGCUUUGCGGAUUGGACGGAUCAUCCCGACUGUGAAUGUGGGCAGUCAGAAGAGUCGGGAUCAGAUGAAGGUUUGGAUGGAGCGGUGGGAUGCUGAGAAGAAGAAGAACGGGUUGUUUCAAGUGACUGGCGAUCGAUGGUGA